CACCUUCGCGCCGUGCCCGAGGUUUCUCAGCCGAGUGCAAUUCGGCGUGCCCAGCUUGCUGUGUGUCCGUGCCCUCUCCCUCCCCCUGACCAUUGCUGGACUCCAGAUCCGUUCGCCCCCUUAAAGCCUCCUCUCCGCCUCUCUCCACCCCUUUCCUUCCCGUCUACACUCCAUCCUCCAUCCACCCCCCACUCCCACCCGUGCAAGGGGCAAAGAGCAAAGACACUCGGGAAAGGCCAGGGCCACUUCCAUCUCUUCGCGCUGGAGGAGGCCUCGGGCAGCGGCUGCGCUGCAAGUGACAAUCUUUGGGGAAGAGCGCAGCGCCAGAGAGCAGUCCCGGAAACCAGCCCGGAACGGCGGGGCUCGCCACCGAAUCCAGCGCAUCGAGGAUCUCAGCCCGGCGAUCACAGUCCUGGGACGAUCCCGGAGCCUGCCUGUCCUCGGGGGUGUCCGGAGCGGUGGUCUUGGGCCACGUUCCCUGACAUCGCCCUGCUAGGUGCGCACGCGGCUCUGGCUUUGGUAUGCAAAGACCAUCUCCCUGCAAGUCUCCAAGGUGGAAUCCUUGAGAGGAUUACAAGCGUGGUUCGGUAGCCUUUCCAAAAGUUGGUAACCGGAAGAGAAGAAGAAACCAAGGCUCUAGGAUGAAGGGUGUUACUGAACCUCCCAGAGAGUUUGCCCCUCCCGCGGGCAGCGCCUGGAAGCAGCCUCCGCGGACCUGAGCGCUCUGCACUGCUAGUUUUGUAAUCAACCAGGAAUGAUGAAACCUUCCAUCGCUGAGAUGCUUCACACAGGGAGGAUGUUGUGGAUAAUUCUUCUAAGCACAAUCGCUCUAGGAUGGACUACCCCGAUUCCCCUGAUAGAGGACUCAGAGGAAAUAGAUGAGCCCUGUUUUGAUCCAUGCUACUGUGAAGUUAAAGAAAGCCUCUUUCAUAUACAUUGCGACAGCAAAGGAUUUACAAAUAUUAGUCAGAUUACUGAAUUUUGGUCAAGACCUUUUAAACUGUAUCUGCAGAGGAAUUCAAUGAGGAAAUUAUACACCAACAGUUUUCUUCAUUUGAAUAACGCUGUGUCCAUUAACCUUGGGAACAAUGCUUUGCAGGACAUUCAAAUGGGAGCUUUCAAUGGUCUUAAAAUCUUAAAGAGGCUGUACCUACAUGAGAAUAAACUAGACGUCUUCAGGAAUGACACUUUCCUUGGCUUGGAAAGUCUGGAAUAUCUACAAGCAGAUUACAACGUCAUUAAACGUAUUGAGAGUGGAGCCUUUCGGAACCUAAGUAAAUUGAGAGUUCUGAUUUUAAAUGAUAAUCUUAUCCCCAUGCUUCCCACAAAUUUAUUUAAGGCUGUCUCUUUAACCCACUUGGACUUACGGGGAAACAGGUUAAAGGUUCUUUUUUACCGAGGAAUGCUAGAUCACAUUGGUAGAAGCCUGAUGGAGCUCCAGCUAGAAGAAAACCCCUGGAACUGUACCUGUGAGAUUGUGCAAUUGAAGAGCUGGCUGGAACGCAUUCCUUACACUGCCCUGGUGGGUGACAUCACCUGCGAGACUCCUUUCCAUUUCCAUGGAAAGGACCUGCGAGAAAUCAAGAAGACGGAGCUCUGCCCCUUGCUGUCUGACUCUGAGGUGGAGGCCAGUUUGGGGAUUCCUCACUUGUCCUCAAGCAAGGAGAACGCAUGGCCAACCAAACCUUCCUCCAUGCUGUCCUCUGUCCAUUUUACCGCUUCUUCUGUUGAAUACAAGUCCUCAAACAAACAGCCCAAACCCACCAAACAACCCCGGACACCACGACCACCCUCCACAUCCCAGGCUUUAUACCCUGGUCCAAAUCAACCUCCCAUUGCUCCUUACCAGACCAGACCACCAAUCCCCAUCAUAUGCCCUACUGGGUGUACCUGUAAUUUGCACAUUAAUGACCUUGGCUUGACUGUCAACUGCAAAGAGCGAGGAUUUAACAACAUUUCUGAACUUCUUCCGAGGCCACUGAAUGCCAAAAAACUGUACCUGAGUAGCAAUCUGAUUCAGAAGAUAUACCGUUCUGAUUUUUGGAAUUUUUCUUCUUUGGAUCUCUUGCAUCUGGGGAACAACCGCAUUUCCUAUGUCCAGGACGGGGCCUUCAUCAACCUGCCCAACCUAAAAAGUCUGUUUCUCAACGGCAAUGACAUAGAGAAGCUGACCCCCGGCAUGUUCCGGGGACUGCAGAGCUUGCAUUACUUGUACUUUGAGUUCAACGUGAUCCGGGAGAUCCAGCCCGCCGCCUUCAGCCUCAUGCCCAACUUGAAGCUGCUGUUCCUCAACAACAACCUGCUGAGGACUCUGCCCACAGACGCCUUCGCGGGCACCUCCCUGGCUCGGCUCAACCUGAGAAAGAACUACUUCCUCUACCUUCCCGUGGCCGGCGUGCUGGAACACUUGAACGCCAUUGUGCAGAUAGACCUCAACGAGAAUCCCUGGGACUGCACUUGUGACCUGGUCCCCUUCAAGCAGUGGAUCGAGACCAUCAGCUCCGUCAGCGUGGUGGGAGAUGUGCUCUGUAGGAGUCCCGAGAACCUCACGCACCGGGACGUGCGCACCAUCGAGCUGGAAGUGUUAUGUCCCGAGAUGAUGCACGUUGCACCAGCCGGCGCAUCCCCGGCCCAGCCUGGAGAGCCUUACGGGGCUGGGGGCCCGACGGGCGUGCCACCUUAUGAACUGUCUCCGCCUGGGGGUCCUGUGCCACUUUCGGUGCUGAUUCUCAGCCUGCUGGUCCUGUUCUUUUCCGCAGUCUUUGUGGCCGCAGGUCUCUUCGCCUACGUGCUCCGCCGCCGCCGGAAGAAGCUGCCCUUUAGGAGCAAGCGGCAGGAAGGCGUGGACCUCACGGGCAUCCAGAUGCAGUGCCACCGGCUGUUUGAGGACGGGGCGGGGGCCGGGGCCGGGGGCGGAGGCCGGCAGGCCCUCUCCUCCCCCGAGAAGGCUCCGCCCGUGGGUCACGUGUACGAGUACAUCCCGCAUCCGGUCACCCAGAUGUGCAACAACCCCAUCUACAAGCCCCGGGAGGAGGAGGAGGCGGUGUCCACCGCGGCGGUGCAGGACGCGGGCGGCGCGGACCGGGGCGGCCCCGGGACGCAGCCUCCAGGCCUGGCCGAGGUGCUCCUAGGCGGCGAGCAGUUUGCAGAGAGCGCCAAGGAGGCCCACAGCAACUACCGGACCUUGCUGGAAAAGGAGAAGGAGUGGGCCCUGGCCGUGUCCAGCUCCCAGCUCAACACCAUAGUGACGGUGAAUCACCACCACCCGCACCUGCACCACGCUGCCGUGGGUGGGGUGCCGGGGGGAGUUGGGGGUGCUGGGGGAGACUUGGCUGGGUUCCGACACCAUGAGAAGAACGGUGGGGUGGUGCUGUUCCCCCCGGGGGGAGGCUGUGGUGGUGGCAGUAUGCUCCUCGACCGUGAGAGGCCACAGCCAGCUCCCUGCACGGUAGGAUUUGUGGACUGUCUUUAUGGCACUGUGCCCAAAUUAAAGGAACUCCAUGUCCACCCCCCUGGCAUGCAAUACCCAGACUUGCAGCAGGAUGCCAGGCUCAAAGAAACCCUUCUCUUCUCAGCUGGAAAGGGCUUCACAGACCACCAAACCCAAAAAAGUGAUUACCUCGAGUUAAGGGCCAAACUUCAAACAAAACCUGAUUACCUCGAAGUCCUGGAAAAAACAUCAUAUAGGUUCUAACAGAAAGAAGAAAAUAAAUUAGUACUUUUUUUUUUUCCAAAAGAAAAAGAAAGUAAAAGAAAUCUAUCCCUUGUUCCUUAUACAUUUGUCCCGAUAUCUCCGUGCUCACAAUCUUCCCUGCCCUAAACAGAAUCGAAACCGCAUGAUAACUAGAGAAUUCAGAUGUAUGCUCUGCCCUCUCAGAUGUGGUUUGGAGGAAGGGCCAUACUCAGAUCAUUAAUCAAUGAAGUGCCUUCGCAGACUUUUGCCAGCAAAUGUUAUCAUUAUUUUUUAUACUGAAACUUGAGACUUUGACUGUGCCAUGUGUAAGGUAUACUGAGGAUCGUUGUAUUGAUCCUGAUUAAGUAAAAUUCAAUGUGUCUUUUUAUUUUUAGUAACUUUUUUCCCCCCCUUAAAUGUAGUUUUGUUUGAAAAGGAGGGAGGGGAAUUGGCGUUUGGGGCUCUUUCCUCUCCCCAUCAUGGCACAGUUUCUGUACAUGUAUUAACAAUGCAGUUUGCUGCAUGCCUGAAAACUGCAAGACGGGGAGGGAGGGGCGGGUCUUGCUCGAAUGUUCUCACUCAAUCUCUCGUCUGUCUCACACAGUCUUAUAUGCAAACCAUGAGUCCCUGCAUACAGUUAGGUUUCUAGACCUGCCGUUGUUGCAACAUACACACACACACACACACACACACACACACACACUCACACACACGCCACUCCCCUGCAGCCCAAUCAGCUUAGUUCGGGUUUGAUCCAUUUCUCUCCUCUCCAUGUCUUCACCUGCUCGUCACUCCUAGUUGUACAGCUCAUAGUGUCUCUCCUAGGACCCUGGGGAAAGUCAGAUUGGAGGCUGGAUCCUACCGAAGCAAAGGCCUGGUGGUUUAACAGGUGGAAACACAUGUAGGUAUAAGCACCCUCUUCGUGACACUUCAUCCUGAUGCCAAGAUUUUUUGGGGAACAUCUGCACUUUCUUAUAUAUAUAUAUAUAAAUAUAAAUAUAAAUAAUAAUAAAAAUAAAAAAGCAACUGGGUAUAUAUCACUAACAGCUUUGUAGGAAGCACUUUUAAUGUUUUCUCUCACACACAAAGAUUCAAAAGAAAUGUGCAUAUAUUUAUUCUGUAAUUUCAGUGAUUAUAAAUUGUAAAGGUAAUGUUUAAUCAUUGUAUAGUGAUUAUGCGUCUGGUAUAGCUUUCCUAAUAAAAAGAUUUUGAAAAUCAUAAUACAUUAUAUAUAGAGGAUACAAAGCUUGAAACCUAAGCUUCAGCUAUGCCAUGCCUUUUGUGCUCCCAUUUAAAAGUAAUUAUUUCUUUUAUUUGUUAUACAGAAAGCUAAUUUAUUAACAAGUUUGAUUCACUGUGAUAUCGAUAAAUUGUACAAUCCCUACUCCAUAGCAGGAUAUAAUUGGGACUUAACAAUGUUUGAGUUAUAGUUCAUUUCUUUUUCUUGGACUGUGAAUUUCAAUUUUUUAGUACCCCAACAAAGCACUGUUUCUUAGGCAUGAUGCAAUUGGAAGAAAAUAAAGCAACUAGAUUUCUACUAUAGGAUUAUUCAGAGGAAGGCAAUCAAAGAUCCGUGCAUCUUAAGAUAGUGAAUAACAUACAGAAAAUAGUGAACUUGCUAUCUUUGAAAGAUAUGCACUAAAAUUAUCUAACACCAACACUUCGCCCCAUCCACACAUAUGUGACACAAUCAGAACCAAUGCAGCCAGUGUGACUGUCAGAAUACCAAUGUCUGUGAAAGCUGUCUCUAAUAUUUAGCCACUGUUUCUGCCAAUCACUGACAGCAAAGACCCCAGUGAUGUUUGAAUUUAAAACACAGAAUACUAAAUGAGUGUUACUUUCUGUAUGACAUUUAAGUGAUCUGGAAAAAGUUAACUUGACAAUAACUCAAGUUACUUUGCAUUUAGCUGUGUGUGAAACCAAAGAAAACUGGAUUUUAGGAUGCCAGCAUCUUGAUAAAAAAAAGAAUCGGUUUUGAGGCAGGUAUGUAUCUUGGUAGGCCAGUAGAGGGCAGCAGAGCUCCAGCGAUCCAUGAAUUUGGGAGCUGCAGAAUUGCGCAGUGAGGCGGUGUUUUCUGCCAGUGUUUCCUCCAGUUGCUCUUAGUGGAAAUUAUCAUUACGUAUUGAAUGUAAUUCAUCAUAAGUCACUGAUGCCUUACAUCACAUUUUUCCCACAGAAAGAAAUAAGGCCAGCGGUUUUUAAAGCUAGAUGUUGAUAAAGCAUUAAGACACUGUAUUAAAGAAAAAAGAAAAAUCCUUAAGAAUAUCUAGCACUCAUAUAACCCUUGAUUAAUCACAUAUAACGAUCAUCAUAGGAAUGCAUCAAAAUUAAAUAUACAAAUAUAACAACAAAAGACCGACUUUUCAGGGAUAUCUUGCAUUUGAUAUGUUGUGUCUAUAGCUUUUACCCUUUACUUGAAUAUUUUAGUUUAUUUAGGGGGAAAAUCCAUGGACAUAAUUGACUUACUUUAUGGAAAAUACUAAGAUGAAGUUAGUCUUCUUCAAGACCGUCAGGCCCACAAUUAAAUAUGGUGUUCUUCUUCCCUUUUGCUCUUUUUUGUUUUUAUUUUUUGAGACAGGGUUUCACUAUGCAGUUCAGUCUGGUCUUGAACUUGCCAUGAUCCUCCUGCCUCAGGGAUUAUGAGCAUGAGCCACCACACAGUUUAUCUUCUUUUUAUUUAUUUAUUUAUUAUUUUUAUUUAAUCUUCUUUUUAUUUCUAAUUUCACCGAAGGUCGUCUGUUUUCUAGUGGUCUCACUUUCCUCCUUCGCAAUCAUCUCUCUUGUUUGCUGAUUUUUUUAAGGCACAGAAAGCCUUGAAAACUCUCAACUACAGUUAUCAUAUUUCCAUUCCCCUUCAUCAAAUAUUUCAGUGAAUAGUAGAAAGUACACCUAAAUCUCAAAUACAAAUCUAGAUAUUUCUGAUAUUAAUAAUCUCUUCUUUAAUAACCAUGCACACGUCGAAAACAUUUUAUAUUAAAAGAAUCAGGUUGAAAAUCCAUAAUAACCCUGGUGCUUUUGACAUUUGAAAAAUAAGUCUACAUAAACCAUAUCCAAUUAUAAUAUCCCUGGUAAUUAUGUUUUUUAUUUAUCAAGUACAGAAACUAAGACUAUAUUGUCUUAAAUGCAAGUAGUAAUGAGGAAUACAUUUAUUCCCCUUGUGAAAAUAAAUUUACAUGAGAAAGGAAUUUUUUAUUCAAGAUGACGAUUUUUUGCUUUUAUGGAUUUCUCUACAUCCUGGUUAAGCCACUUAUUUCAAUUUGCAUUAAGAUUACUUCAGUUAGCUUUAAUUUGUAAUGCUAGAUAUGUUUUCUGUUCUCAUGGAUAUUAAUACAGCUACAGAUUAGAAUCUGUUUUACAUUUUUUUUUUUUUUGGUCUAAAAUACUUUUUUGAAGAAUAGAUAAUUCAUUUCAUAGCAAUGGUCAGCUAGUGAAGCAGACCAAGAUUUGACAGAUAUUUGCUAUUAUCCAUUCUUAUUUUUACCACUGAUUACAGUAAUAUUUGGAAAUAAUAAACACUGUAAUGUCUCAUGAGCCAUCAUAUUAUUAGUAAAAAAUAAUUGAAAGUAAACAUCUAGUUUAAUUCAGCAACAGAUUAAACACAUUACACAUCGUUCUAUGGUAUAAUUUGUGUGGGUGCUUUUAUAUUUUUAUUUUAAAACAUUACUUCAUUUACUUGCAAAAUAUUUUUUAAAGAAGGAUGAUGAAUAUCAUAAUUUAAUAAAAAUUAAGAGGGAAUCAAAAGGAAAAUUUAAUGACUGAGUUUGAACAAUUGUUUUCUUUUGUUUUUCUCUUUUCUACCUUCUUGGAAUUUUAGAUCUAAACUCUUGCUAUGUGAAAAGAACCAUAUUUGUGUUUCAGAUUAUGGAAACUCAUAAUGUAGUCUUAAAACAGAAAGACUUUUUAACUAAUGUUUUAGCACAUUAUUUGAUUCAUUUAUUGUAAAUUCCUUAGUUGUACAGGCUAUCCUUUUGCAAAUUAUUGUUUAAGUCAGUAUUUGUUGUACUUUGUCAAAUGGCUAGGACAAGGGAAAUAUUAAUGAAAUAUUUUACAAGAUAAUAAGACGUAUGACUAUGAAAUAAGUCAAGAUUAUUGUGAGAAAAAAAUGGUAGCUAAAAAAACCCAUCUUCAGUGAUUUGAUUUACUUUAAUUUGAACUUAGAUAUUUAUGAAUAUUUAGCUCAAAAUUCUCACCUCUGAAAAUUCAGGUGGACAGAACACAAACACCAUUAAUUCACCCUAAAAAUGUUAUAUUUAACAUAUUACAGGUCUUUUAAAGGUAAUAGGAGCAAUAACACAUGUGUAAUUGGGCAAUCAUGUGUGUGUAUAUAUAUAAAUAGCACUAUUAUAUAUGUAUAUACCUUGUAUAUACAUGUAUAUAGUUUAUAUAUGCUGAAUUAUAUGUAAAUUAUGCAUUUUUCUUAUAUGUGUAAUAAUUUUAGUUUUAUGCAUUUAUUUUUCUUGCAUCUGUUUUGCCACCAUCCAAGUGAAGCUGGAUGUGAUGUCUUCAUUUUCUGAAUACUUACAUGUAAAAAGUAAAACUGUAAUUAAUAUUUCUGAAUUUAAAAGGUAUUUUAUCUUCCA